AAGCAAUAAUCAAAUUCCCUCUUCUCUCCCUCUCUUUUUAUGGGACGACUACCGAGCCUCUGAUUGUUUCACCUUUUCUCAUUUUAAUCAUUCCUCCAAAAAAAAAAAAAAAAUAAAUAAAAUGCCUUUGUUCCUCUCCGAUGAGGAGAUGUCCCGCCUCUCCAAUGAUGCCGUCUCGCUGGCGGCCAAGGCUGACGCCUACAUACGAGAACUCCAAAGCGAACUCGAGACCGUCAAGGCUCGCGCCGACGCUGCUUCUAUCACGGCCGAGCAGACUUGUUCCUUGCUUGAGCAGAAGUUUAUUUCGUUAUCGGAAAAUUACUCGAAGCUCGAGUCGGAACAUGCUCAGCUUAAAAUUUCUCUCGAUGAGCGCGAUAAGGAACUCGCUCAAUUCCAUGCGGAGAAGCACCAGCUCCAUUUACAAUCGAUUGGGAAAGACGGUGACGUAGAGAGGUUAUCGACUGAAGUGGCGGAGCUGCAUAAGUCACGGAGGCAGUUGAUGGAGAUGGUGGAGCAAAAGGAUUUGGUGAUCAGUGAGAAGAAUGCUACCAUUAAGACUUAUUUAGACAAGAUUAUAAACUUGACUGACAAUGCUGCAAAAAAAGAAUCACAUUUGGCUCAAAUUGAGGCAGAGUUAGCUCGUUCUCAGGCUACCUGCACUCGUCUUUGGCAGGAAAAAGAACUUAUAGAAAGGCAUAAUGCUUGGCUUAAUGAGGAGUUGACAUCCAAGGUUAACAGUCUUGUUGAGCUGCGGAGAACACAUGCUGAUCUUGAGGCAGAUAUGUCAGCUAAGCUUUCAGAUGCCGAGAGACGAUCCAGUGAAUGCUCUAGCUCUUUAAAUUGGAACAAAGAAAGAGUGCGGGAGCUAGAGAUAAAGUUAACAUCAUUACAGGAGGAAUUUUGCUCCUCAAAGGAUGCUGCUGCUGUCAAUGAAGAGCGAUUGUCAGCUGAACUUUCAACAGUAAAUAAACUUGUUGAGUUGUAUAAGGAAAGUUCAGAGGAAUGGUCUCGAAAGGCAGGAGAGCUUGAGGGUGUGAUAAAAGCUCUGGAAACCCACCUGACUCAAGCUGAAAAUGAUUAUAAAGAGAAACUUGAAAAGGAAGUUUCUGCAAGGAAGCAUUCUGAAAAGGAGGCUGCAGAGUUAAAGGAGAAGCUUGAAAAGUGUGAAGCCGAAAUUGAAAGUAGUCGGAAAGCAAAUGAAUUGAGUCUUCUUCCACUCAGCAGUUUCAGAUCUGAAGCCUGGAAGGAGUCAUCAGAUGCCAAUGAAUUUUCUGAGGAUAGUCGCUCGCUUGUGCCUAAGAUUCCUGUGGGUGUCUCAGGAACGGCACUAGCUGCUUCACUUCUGCGUGAUGGCUGGAGUCUUGCUAAAAUGUAUGCAAAAUAUCAAGAGGCUGUUGAUGCCCUGAGACAUGAGCAAUUGGGAAGAAGGGAAUCUGAAGCAGUACUACAAAGGGUCCUAUAUGAACUAGAAGAGAAAGCAGGGGUUAUUUUGGAUGAAAGAGAGGAGUAUGAAAGGAUGGUUGAGGCUUACUCUGUGAUCAAUCAAAAAUUGCAGAAUUCUGUCUCUGAACAGUCAAGUUUGGAGAAAACCAUUCAGGAACUAAAGGCUGAUUUGAGGAGACGUGAACGUGAUUACAAUCUGGCACAGAAGGAGAUUAAUGACCUUCAGAAACAAGUGACAGUUCUUCUCAAGGAAUGCCGUGAUAUACAACUUCGCUGUGGAUCCUCUAGGCAUGAUUAUGCUGAAGAGAGUACAGCUGUUGCUGCAGUAGAAGUGAAUGUGAAUGGAGAGUUUGAUGCUGAAAAAGUCAUUUCAGAUCGUCUUUUGACAUUUAAGGACAUAAAUGGAUUAGUUGAGCAGAAUGUCCAGUUGAGGAGCCUUGUGCGAAGUCUGUCUGAUCAGAUUGAUAGCAGGGAGAUAGAAUUCAAGGAAAAGUUUGAGUUGGAGCUUAAAAAGCACACAGAUGAAGCUGCCUCUAAAGUUGCUGCAGUGUUGCAAAGAGCUGAAGAGCAAGGGCAUAUGAUCGAAUCACUUCACACCUCUGUUGCUAUGUAUAAAAGACUAUAUGAUGAGGAACAUAAACUGCGUUCUUCCCAUCCACAGACUGUAGAUGCCACUCCUGUGGAUGGGAGGAGGGACCUCUUACUUCUUCUGGAAGGUUCCCAGGAGGCUACCAAAAAGGCCCAAGAGAAGGCGGCAGAACGAGUCAGAUUUCUUGAAGAAGAUUUGGAAAAGUCUAGGAGUGAAAUUAUAUCACUAAGAUCAGAGCGUGAUAGGUCGGUUUUGGAAGCAAAAUUUGCGAGGGAAAAGCUUGAUAGUGUUCUGAAAGAAGCUGAACAUCAGAAAGUUGAAAUCAACGGUGUAUUAGCUAGAAAUGUGGAGUUUUCACAGCUGAUAGUAGACUAUCAACGGAAGCUGCGUGAAUCUUCAGAGUCUUUGAAUGCUGCUGAGGAGCUUUCCCGGAAGUUAAAUAUGGAGGUAUCUAUUUUAAAGCAUGAAAAAGAUAUGUUGUCAAAUGCUGAAAAGAGGGCUCUUGAGGAAGUCCGUAGUUUGUCAGAGAGAGUGUACCGACUGCAGGCUAGUUUGGACACUAUUCAGAGUGCUGAGGAAGCUCGUGAGGAAGCUAGAGCUACUGAGAGGAGAAAACAAGAAGAGUAUAUAAAACAAGUUGAGAGGGAAUGGGCUGAGGCUAAGAAGGACCUGCAAGAAGAGUGAAACAAUGUUCGAACUCUCACAUCUGACCGUGAGCAGAACUUGAAAAAUGCUGUGAAGCAAGUUGAAGAAAUGGGGAAGGAAUUGGCUAAUGCUUUGCAUGCUGUUACAGCUGCUGAGACUAGGGCUGCUGUGGCCGAGGCUAGACUUUCUGAUCUUGAAAAAAGGAUGAAAUCAUCAGAUGCUAAGGUAGUUAUAUCUGUUGAGUAUUGCUAUUUUCACGUUAUAAGUGUUGGCGAGGUUGAUGAUGGUAGCAGAUUAUCAACAAAUGAGGUCGGUACUAAUUUUUACAUGAUGUUUCCUUGGUGUUGUGUAGAAUUGCGUAGGCAAAGGAAGAGCUGGAAAUUGAAGAGAAGCACAGGCCAACAAGGAUCACAUGCUUCAGGAAUGUCUAACAUCAUGAGUAUAGAGCAUAGCACAAGAAAUGAAGAUGCACAACAGAUGGAAGUCGCUCAUGAAAACUUCAAGACUGAGGCGGAAAAGUUAAAGAAAUCAUUAGAAGCCGAAGUUCUUUCACUUAGAGAGAGGGUUUCUGAGCUUGAAAAUGAAAAUAUUAUGAAGUCCGAGCAGCCUCUGCAGCUGCAGUAAAGGAGAUGCUGUUGCUUCUCCCUAGCAGAAAUCACUGGUUUGAAGGAAGAAUAUCAGUUAAAAUGUGAGACUAGUAACUGCAUGACAAUGGAAGUUCAAAUAUCUGCUCUGAAAGAGAACUUAAGAAAGAGCAUACGAUGGCGUGCUGCUCAAGCUAAUUAUGAAAGACUUUUUUUGCAGUCUGAGACUAUUCAGGAGUUGCAAAAAACAUCACAAGCUUUGGCUUCAUUGCAAGAUGAAGCAUAGUUGCGUAAAUUGGCAGAUCUUGCAAAGCCGAAAAUUGAACUAAAGGGUAAGUGGGAGGUAGAGAAAUCAGUGUUAGAGAAAUCAAAGAAUGAAGCUGAAAAGAAGUUCAAUGAAGUUAAUGAACAGAACAAGAUAUUGCACACUCGACUUGAGGCUUUGCACAUUCAAUUGGCAGAGAAGGAUCGAAGUUCUGUCGGAAUUUCUUCAGGAAGCACUGGUACUAAUUCACUUGGUGAUUCUGGUUUGCAAAAUGUGGUUAAUUAUCUUCGAAGAUCAAAAGAAAUUGCAGAAACAGAGAUAUCUUUGUUAAAACAAGAAAAGCUGCGUUUGCAAACACAACUUGAGAGCGCUCAACGGGCUGCAGAGAAUGCCCAAACUUCACUUCAUGCUGAGCGGGCAAAUUCAAGAGCUUUAUUGUUGACAGAGGAACAGAUCAAAUCAUUACAGCUUCAGGUUAGAGAAAUGAAUUUGCUUCGUGAAAGCAACAUGCAACUCAGAGAGGAAAACAAGCACAAUUUUGAGGAGUGCCAGAAACUACGUGAUGUAGCUCAAAAGGCUAGGGCUGAUUAUGACAAUCUAGAGAAUCUAUUGAGGGAGAGACAAAUUGAAAUUGAAGCUUGUAAGAAAGAAAUUGAAGCUUUAAAGAAAGAAACUGAAAUGCUGAGGAUGGAGAAGGAAAACCUGGAAAAGAGGGUUUGUGAGAGGUGUAGAAAUAUUGAUGUGGAAGAUUACAAUCGCCUGAAGAUUGAUGUUCGACAAAUGGAGGAAAAACUAAAAGCUAAGGAUACUGAGAUAGAGGAAAUGAAGACCCUUGGUUCUAAAAGGCAAGAAACAAUUAUGCAAUUGGAGCAACAACUUGCAAGCAGCAGGGUGGAACUGAAUGAGAAGGAAAAGAAGCUAAAUGAUAUUUUGCAGGCAGAGGCUGUGAGGAAGCCAGAGUUGGAAAAGCAAAAGAGGAUUAUUGGUCAGCUAAAGAGGAAGCAUGACAUUUUGUCGAAGGAAAAGGAGGGAAUUUUUAAAGAAAAUCAGGCACUUUCCAAGCAGUUAGACGAAUUGAAGCAAGGUAAAAAGUCUAUGGGUGAUGUUACUGGCGAGCAGGUUAUGAAGGAAAAAGAGGAGAAAGAUACUAGAAUACAGAUUCUGGAGAGAACUGUGGAGAGACAAAGAGAGGAGUUGAAAAAGGAGAAAGAUGAUCAUCAGAAGGAGAAAGAAAGGCGCCAGAAGGGGGAAAAGGCAAUUUGGGAUUCUGCUAAGAAUGCUGAUCAGUGGAAAAUAAAGAUUUCAAGCGAACUUGAGCAGCAUAAGCAAGCUGUGAAGCGUCUUUCAGAUGAACUACUGAAGAUAAAAAAUGCUGAGUGCAAUCUUCCAGAGGGUACAUUGGUGGUCCAGCAUCUCUCUGGUACGAAUUUGGAUGAUCGUGCUUCAUCUUAUUUAUUGGCUGUAGAAAAUUUUGAAAGAGUGGCACGCACAGUUUCUAGUGAGCUUGGAUCUGGUGCCCCUCCUCCGGACACUUCUGUAGUCUCAGAUGCUUCCGCAACAGCUACUACAGGUCCAGCAGUUGCUACCCAAGCACUGAUUUCCAGUUCUUCAGCAGGACCUGCACCAAGUAAUUUACCACCAAAAGCAGCAGAUGGAAAAGAUAGAUUAGUUCUUGCCAGAACCAUUGUUGAAACUCGUAAGCAAGGGCGCAAGUUAGUCCGCCCCCGACUUGGUAAACCUGAAGAAGCACAGGGUGAUGUAGAGAUGACAGAGGCAGAAGGAUCUAGCCUUGGUGGGAAGGUUGCAUCAUCUCAGGAUGUGGAAACUCAAGUCAAUCUCACUCAACAGAGUCAACCAUUGGUUCGUAAACGCCUGGCUUCAUCUACUUCUGAGUUACGUGAGGAGUCACUCCUACAAGGGGAGCCCACCACUGAUAUUGCUGCACCUGCGCCGAAAAAGUCCAAGGGAACAGAUUCCCCACCAGAGGAUGCUGGAGGACAAUCUGCAGCUCCAUUGGAAAAUAUUGAUUCUCAACCAGUUAUCGAAGAAUCUAUUGAUGCUGUGAGCGAUAUACCCCAAGAAGAAGCUGUUGAUGCUGAGAAGGAAGAGGUUGAUACUACUGGAGAGAAGACUGAGGAGCUAAAAGAAUCACAACAGGUAGAUGGGGCAAGUGAAGCUGAAAUGCAGAAUGAGAAGAAUAAUGCUUCAGAAGAGAAUUUAGAUAAGGCAACUGGAGCAGAGAUGGCAUCUGACGAGGGUCUAAAGGAUCAGACUGAGCAAGAGAACCAACUGUUGACACUAGAAUCCGAGAGUGAGAGAGAAGAGGGAGAGCUAUUACCAGAUGUAACAGAUCCUGAGGGAGUUGCUGACAUUUCAAAUCUGGUAGGGAGCCCUGAAAUUGGGGAAGUUCUGCCUGAGGUUAUUGGAACUCCUGUGGUGUCACCCACAAGGGUUGAGGAUGAAGCUAUGGUUGCAGUAGCAGCAGAAACUGGUGAUGUCACUUCACCUGAGGCUGCAAAUGAUGAGAAAAAUGAAGAAGGUGAUGUGACUGAAGAGAAUGUUGAAGGUUCUGACAAGUCGAAUGAUGGUAAUGACCAUGUUGCAGUAGAGGCAGAUCAGGUGCCUGAAGCUGCUUCAGUUAUCAGUGAGACGGCCUCAACAAGUUCAGCUGCCGAACCUGAGGCCUCAAAGCAACUUAGUUCCAGUACAACAACAGCAGCUGAAGUAAAACAAGCUUCCCCUGUCAAUAAUCCUCCUACUAUAGUAAACCUACGAGAGCGAGCGAGGGAGAGGGCUAUGCAAAGACAAGCUGGAGUAGUGCCACCAUCAGUAAGUAGAGGCCGUGGAAGACCAGCAGGACGUGGUCGAGGUGCUCGUGGUGGGCGUGGUGGACGUGGACAAACUCCUGGUCAACAAUGAUAUGCUUUUGAGAUAAUGAGAUGAGGUACAUUAUGUAUUUUUAAAUGUCCUAAAGGGAAAAAAAAAAUUGUUUGAUUAUACGGAUAAUUCCAUAUUGCAAGAUAUUGACUUAUCCCUAUAUAGUACCAGUUGAUGCACGCGUAGAAAUUCAGUAGCUGAUGAAUUUUGUAUGAAUCCUUUCUGCUUUGGAAGAGCCGAUCGAGGCAAGCUAGUGUUACAGGUGGAAGCUCUAAUUUAUAAGUAGAAUAAUGUUACAGUUACAUCAUUUUUU